AUGUUUUAUGCGGACCAGGAUAUCACCUCGUACGCCAAGAUGAACGUGGCACGUGGAUCGCAGCUUGUCAUUGACACAAAUAAUAUUGUAGGCUGGGCCAACGGUGACCCAUGGCCAGGCAACCAGAAGAGUAGCUCCAUGCUCUAUAUUUACGGAAAGGAGCUGCGCACCUUUGUUGUUGCAGGUGGCACAGGCAGCUUUACCAUCAACCCGGGCCCAGCCAGUGCCCAGCCUUACACUCAAGUGGUACCUGGAUACGAACAGAUGUCUGGCGUGUCAAACAUCAACAUCGUCGCAAUCGCAUACGGUCUUGGUGAGAUUAAAUCUCGCAGCGUUUACCAGAACAUAUACAAUGCUAUCCGAAAUUCAGGUGGAAGGUGGCAAUACACCAACGAGAACUUCCAGCAGGACACCUGGGUAGGCAUUGGCAAGACGUGCGUCAUUUGGUAUAGAAAUCUCGAUAACGGCAGCUACCUCGUCGCCAACCCUGCGCAAAUUGAGGCUCCUCAGGCUCAGACUGCGCCCGAAGGAGCGGCAGCAUCUGAAGAAUAUGUUCCCGGUUUCAGCCCAGGUGAUGUUAGGAAAUAG